AUGACGGCCCUGUGUCCUCGCCGUAACCACCUGUCCACCGCCAAUCCCUUCGACAAAGACUCUCCUCGCCAUCGCCGCGACCUUCACAUCCUCUCCAGGCGUCCCGUACCUCCUGCCUCGCGCACUCUGACCCCCGAGUCUGCCGAAUCUCUUUUCCUCGAAGCUCUCUCGCGUGCGAGCCUGUGUCGAAAACAUGCCCGUCAAUCAUCUACUACCACAAAUCGACCCUCUCAAUCCAAGACCUCUCCAUCCACCCGCUCCGCCCGCUUUACCACAUCCACAUCUACGCAACGGCCACCGCAGACAUCUGCUGUCGAGCUCUUGUCCGCCGAAGCUUCCCAUCCCGCACCCAUUCACCUUUCACGCCACAAGCUGCGUGCCAUCGUCGAUCAAUACGAUUAUGAAGGCUACCAAGAAGACGCCCCUCCGAACAGGGACUCUCACCAGGAUCCCUCACCGAGCGCCCCUGUUCACUCUUCCCACCAGAUAUCCUUCAGGGAGCCCCUGGUUGCCCAAUCGCUUCCCGAUCAGGAAGCCAUUGACUAUCUCAACCUCCUUCUACAAAACGAGAGCACGUCGAACACCUCACUCUACAAUUCAUACAAGGCCAUACCACAACCGCGGCCGCAAUAUCUCCAAAAUCAGACUAUUCGCUCGUUGAUGCAUCGCCUGGCCAUCGUCGAGUUCAAAGAUGAACGGACAAUGCAGCGCUACCUCAGUGUCGUCGAUGAUAUGUUGACUGCAGACGUGCCCAUGACCCGGCCGGAGUGGAAUAGCGCCAUGAGUUUCGCAGGUCGCUAUCUUCGCAAAGUUGGUGAUGUCCAAGUCGAUACUACCACCCAGAUCUGGUUGCGCAUGGAGAAAGAAGCUGGCAUUACAAGCAGUGCUACCACCUUCAGUAUUCUGUUCGAUGUCGCCACCAAAGCAGGCAAGUUCGCCCUUGCCGAUAUUGUGGUCAAAGAGAUGUUGCAGCGAGAGAUUGAGCCCAAUCGCUAUUUUCGCACCAACAUCAUCUAUUGUCAUGGCCUCAAGCGCGACGGUGCUGCUGUGAGAAGGGCCUACCAGGACUUUGUGGAUGCCGGUGAGAUCAUUGACACGGUAGUCUUGAACUGCGUGAUCGCGAGUCUGAUCAAUGCUGGCGAGCCAUCCGCGGCGGAAUACAUUUUUGAGAAAAUGAAAGCUCUCGGUGCAGAAAAUACCCCUAUCGCAAAGUUCAAAGGGUGGAAAGCUCAGCGCCACCUGGGCAAAGUUCUAGAUCGGGCAGGGCAGACACUUCGCAAGGAUCCAGAAAGACGUGUUGUCGUGCAGAACGUCACUCCAAUCACACCAAAUCUGCACACCUACCGCUUGCUGAUCAAAUACCAUGCCCGCGAGUCUGGUAACAUAGAUCGUAUCAGCGCACUGCUUGAUGAGAUGCAACAACUUGGCCACACUAUCCAUGGGUCCAUCUUCUACCAGAUCAUACGAGGCUUCAGCAUUCACGGAGGCAUUCGUUACUCUUCCUGGAACAAGAAGAAGCUAGACAGUUUUUGGGAGGUUUUCUGUCAAUUCGCUGAGCGAGACAAAGAAAUCGAACAGAACCACGGUGAUUGGAUGUCUGAGGAAGAUAGAGGCUGCUACCUCAGUGUCUCCAUGGUUCAAAUUGUCCUCAUGGCGUAUCACAAGGUCACUGGCCCAGAGAACACAAGAAAAGUGUGGCAGGAAAUUAAAGAAGUCUGGAGACCGAGCGAGGAAGACGAAGAGCAUGUAAACUUGAAGCUGGAAUACAGCUUGGUUAGAUCUUGA